CCCAGACUGGUGGAAACCUAAUCCUGCCGUUUGGAAUCUGGGCUGUUCCAGUGGGUGGGGAGAGUCAUUGUUUAGUGGAAGAGACUGCCCCUCGCACCGUCGGGCGGAGAGAGAAGGGAGGGGGAGGUGUGAGCGCAGCGCUGAGAGUGAAUGAGAGGAGGGCGCAGAUGAGGAGCAAAGGAAACGCAUAGGGGGAAAAUCAGCAGCAGUAACAGUGGAGAGUAGGAGCUGGGGCAGAUCAAAAGGCAGAAACGUAAACACAUUAUGUGCGGGGGCAGCAAACUGGUCUAACAGUAAAUAUUGUCCCACAGCCGCUUGGGAACAGCAGAGGGGGUGGCCGCCGGUGCAUCGGAGACUAAUGGAAGCUGCUCAGCCAAAGUAGGAGACUUCUUGCCCUGCGCGACCCCGAGGAGCCGGCUUGAGCGGUGAUGCCCGCAGGUGCUGUUUACCUGGCCUUUGGAUCAGCCGCCCGACAAGGUACAACAGUUCAACAAAAGACUCUUUGUGCAACCUGGACAAAUGGAACGUUGAUGAACAUCUGACCUUGCGAGUGAACCACACCCGACUUAUUAGAAAUUGCAGACCAUGACGGAGGAGAUGGAGCGUCCCAGGAGUGGUCUCAGUGUGGCGAGCAGCAUAGCCACAAAUGCCUCGGUCAGCCAGGGCUCCAGGCUAUCAACCAGGUCUGUGAAGAGGGUGCACACGUUUGGCAAGAGAGAAUAUUCCAUCAAGAGGGACCCCAACUCCCUUGUUGUGAUUCGUGGCUGGCUGUAUAAACAGGACAGUUCUGGCUUGCGUCUCUGGAAGAGAAGAUGGUUCGUGCUGUCAGAUUUCUGCUUAUUCUAUUAUAGAGACAGCCGAGAGGAAAUAGUGCUGGGCAGCAUCCUUUUGCCAAGCUACCAAAUCUUACCUGCCAACCCUCGAGAGGUGAAAAACCGGAGAUUCAGCUUUAAGGCAGAGCAUACUGGCAUGAGGACCUAUUACUUUGGCGCUGAUACACAUGAAGAUAUGAAUUCCUGGAUCCGGGCCAUGAACCAGUCUUCCCUGGUGGUUUCCGAGGACAAAAACAAGAAUAGCCACAGUCAAAACCUGUCCAAUUCUACCCAAGAAGAUCUAUAUGACAGCUAUGAGGACUUCUCACACUCCGGGAUAGGUACUGCUGGUGAGCAUGCCAAAAGUGCCGAAUCCCUUGAAAUUGCCCACCUUUCUGAAAGCAGAUCUCAAGAUGAGAGCUCAAGGGAAAGUCUCCCAGAACAGGAGCAUAAUGGAGACUUGGAUAAGGACAGCUUGUUCAGUGGGCUGAAAGAAUCCCUCACUGAUGCUAUCCAGCAUUUUACAACAUUAUCCCAAAAUGGGUCAGUUCCACCGCCCACUCCUGAAGAUGGGGUGAAAGGCACUGAUUUCUCAUACAGUCGGCUAGAACUGGAAAACCAAAGGUCACUGGAGAGAAAAGACUCUAUUCCCGAGGAUGAAGAGUGGGUUCCUUUUCAUAAGGAAGAGCCUGGCAUAAAGGAAUCCUUGGAGUCUUACUCUGCCAGAAGUCCACCAAGAGUCCCACCAAAGGGGUUUGAAUGUCCUCAUGAUGUUUAUUCCUCCCCACUAUCUCGUUCUGCCCCUUCGUCCCCCGCUGUCCUUCCUGGACAUAUGUACCUUUCUGAAGCUGGGGAGAGGAACUCCAAAGAAGGAAAAUAUGUGGCACAGAGUGAGCCUCCUAAAUCUCCUCAAACUUGUCUCCAGUCUUCUGUCUCCUCUUGUUCCCCUUCAAGAGUUACAACUUGUCCUUCACCUGAUAUUCGAGAAUAUGUGAUUCAACGACUCGUAAAACCCUCAAGAUCGUUUUCUCUCCCCCCAACUCCUACUGAACUUCCUAGGCACAGAAUAGCAAAAAUGAGUCCUCCACCCAGUGUCAAGUACGGAGGUCCAUUCAUCUGUGAGAAAUCCAUUAACUAUUCAGAUACAUCUCAUGCUAGCCCUGGGCCACCAGUAGGAAGCCCAACAAGAAUGGAUAUACUUUAUAAUGCAAGCCACAGUCCUAAAGGCCAGCCUAAUCCAUCUCAAGCAGCUUCCAAUGAAGAUCUUGCUGUGAGUGCAUCUCCUUCACUAGGCAGGACAACUGUCAGAUCCAACACUCCUAUUGGUCGGGUGGACAUGGUUCCUGCAGAAGAUAAGGCUGGAAAUUUCAUACAUGGCCCUAGACACAUUGAAGACCGAGCAGGAGAAUAUUUUGUCACCAGUUCUCGGACUAGAAGCCAUAUGAUGAAAUCUUUAUCAAGACCCCAGACUCCAUCUGAUCGGUAUGAUGUUAUGCCUACUGAGGAACGUUACGCUUCGUCUACAAUAGCAAAGGGUCCUAACAGAUAUAGUCGGAGGUCUCAGCCUUUGGGUGCUGAAGACGAAAGACUGGUAGAUGGAUGUGGGAUGCCCAUCCCUCAGAGAACUCAUGCCUAUGCCAGUAGCAGGAUGCAGAUGAGACCCAGCACUCCAGCUGAGAGAGUAAUAGUGGAAGAAUGCCCUCCUGAAUUAUCAUUAACACCAUCUCUCAGAAGACAUGGAAGCCAAGUGACAAGGCAGUAUUCCGAGAGACCCCUGCUUCCCCAAGGAACAUUUUCUGGCCGAUCGGUGGGCUCUGCGCCAAGGCAAUUGCAAAAAAUGGGGUCCAGCAGUUACUCCCAGUUGCCACCCCUGCCUCCUGUCUCUGGUAGGCCUGGACCUCACGUGCCCGUUGGGAAGAGGAUGUCCCUUAGUGCAAUGCCAUCUGGCUCGGCACCGUAUCGAGAGCGGGUUCCUUACCCCGUGCGUCUGGCGGAGAAUAACAUUGAUGUUCUUCUGACAAAGCUCUGCGGUCACGAUAAACUGCUUGUCAGUCUGGAAGAUGAAACUGCUCAUCUCCGAGCGGAAAAGGAGAAACUGGAGGACGCCCUCCAAGCUACACACCACCACCUUGAGGAGUUCCAGGGUCAGGAGCACGUGAUUGAGAAUAUUUGGUACCAGCAGAGGCUACUGCAGGAUGACCUUGUGUAUGUGCGUGCCCGGCUCUGUGACCUCACCCUUGAGCGCGAGAGGGCGUGGGAAGAAUACAGAGGUCUUGACAAUGAACUGCACACUGUAAGGGAAACAUUGGAUCGUGUCAGCCAAAUUGGACACCCACAGGACCAGCUGGCUGCUCAACGAGACCUUUGGAUGAUUAAUGAUAUCAUUUCUGGGCUGCGAUUCAACAAAAGCACCAUUCAUGUUCUCCCCGAAUCCUCAAGGCACCCUGGAAUGAUGAUUGCUUCGUCUCCUGUUGGUGAGACCCCGCCAGCCUAUCAGAGGAGCUUUCUUCAUCAUUCCGGCUUGCACCCGGCUGCUCCAAGAGACGCUCACAAAGAUUCUGAAGCGCUUCCACCAAGGCCUCCGCUCCCUCGGGAUCAUCAUUCCGCUGCCAGCAGUGAGAUGGAUGGAAAGCACAGAGGGAGCAGCACAGACAAGAUUGAGCCAGAGCAGCUACUAACUGAUUCUGUCCCAUUAACAACAGCCAGACCGCGACCAGCAAGUACCCCUGCAGAUAUUGCAACAAGAAGGGAUGUAGGUAGUGAUCCAAAGCCACAGAGCUCUUGUCCAGUGGCCAUUCCUACCAGCACCAAAGUGAUCUCCGAGGCAAAGACAUCGCCUCCUUGCCUGGCAGAAGUGGGCACGGUAAGAAAGCCACGAAUGAGUGCAGAGGAGCAGAUGGAACGGAUGAGGAGGCAUCAGGAAGCCCAGAUCCAUGAGAGACCCAAGCCUGGCGUUACCACACAGCGACAAAAUUCCCAGAGGGGUAACACACCUAUUAUCAGCCGGCUAAGAUCAGCCUCCUCUGGUGCGAUAUCCCCUGGCCCAAACUCCCCACAAGUGGACAGUGCCUGCCCAGAGCAAAGAAGGCCAUCGCUAGUCAAGGUCACGGCCUCUUUCUACCCAAGUACCACUUCUACCCCACAGCCUGGAAAAGGGGGAAGUGUCAAGCCAAAGGCUGCCCCUAACAAGGUGCAGGAAACCCAAUCUGUUGGCUAUUACACCGCAGAUGACCCAACCUACAGUUUGGUGAUGGAGCCGCAAUCUGAUAGCAUCGUAUCCACAACCUGUCACGAGAUCUCCCCAAUGGCAAAGAUGACUCCUCCGUUGAGGACAAGCAGUAAAAUUGUCACUGCAGCCUGCAAGCAAGCAAAAAGGGAGCUGCUAGAGGACAAGCAGCAAAGGCUUAUCCAGGCCACUUCCAGCUCUGAGUCAAAGUCUGAAUUUGUUUCUCACCCUGAGCAUCUCGAAGUUAAAAGGAAGUCUGUGGAGAGAGUUAAAUCACCAGUGUCAAAGACCAGCCCCGCCACAUCCCCUGGCUGCAGCAGAAACUCAGACAACAUGGCAAAUUCGGGGCAGAGGGAACGCAUUAUCAGCUUAUCAUAUACGCUGGCGACCGAGGCCUCGGAACUCAGCAAACUAAUAACAGCCAAAACAGUAGCGGAUGAUACAGAUGCAAACAGUGACAUCUCUACGUCUGAUGAGGCCUAUCCUUGGGAUUUUAUUAUGCAGGAUUCCCGAUCCAACAAACAACCUGAAACCAGAGAGCUUUACCAGUUCAAAGCCACCCCCGAUACACCCCAAGGGGAGGACAGGAACGCCAACGUAACAGAAAACGGCCAGACAUAUUGUUCUACCAACCAAUGCUCAUCCAGUGGUCCCUGCAGCCCUCAGCUCCAGCACCAUGACACCCCCAAGGGCCACACAGACAAUCAGCACUAUGAGAACUGGCCGGCACCCAGAGAAAAAGGAAACACCGAUCACUGCCAGACAAUCACACAAGAAUCCACAAUGUUAUCCAAAUGCAACGGCCAAGUGGCCAACUAUGAGUUCCUCAUACAGGACCUACAUUAUAACCCGCUGAAUAUCAGCAAGGUGGCGGAGUAUUGUAAAGAAGAAAGGGAGCCAAUCAGGAUCACCCUUCUUCAGUCCAGCUUCUAGGAGCAGCCACAAUAUAAGGAUCGUAUGGACCGCGAGCGAUGUUUGCUCUAGGGAGAUCAGGCCAGGAACACUGAUUCCAGUUUGAGCCUGCGUGGGGUAAAGAGGAUGUUUCAAUGACGAAGAAGAAAGGGGAAAUGUUGUAUAGAAAGUCAGAGAAUGUAAAUAAUGUGAAUAGAGAGGUGCGGGUAGAUGGAAUUCUGAAGGACUGUAAAAAUGUUAAUAAAGUAUUAGAACUGUAUUAGGCUAAUGUAGGGUUAGCCACUCUGUGCCUUAGUAGUAGUCACGGUGCGCUGAGUGAGCCACUAGCCAGCUGAGGUGCAGAACUAUGAAGGCCAGAAUGUGGCUACCCACAGCCGAAAGGAAGGAGAAAAGCAUGUGAAUAAUAUUUUAAAGAUCGGUCCAAUGAAGUAGCACUUGGCAAGUGACUGAGCUCCAUGGAAAGUCUCCAGCAGUUCCGUUGCCAGAAACUGUUGUACUGUUGCACUAUAUAUCAUUCUGCGUGGUGUGGUGUAGAAGCGUUUAUAGAGGUGUGCGGAAGGAAUAUCCGUUGGUCACAAUCAAUUUGGCAGUGACGUCGCUGUUUCGGAACUCCCAGCAUCCCCUGAUCUGUUAGAUCAUACACACACCUAGAACGAUUUGAGAAUGGGCUGUUUUUAUAUGGAACCAGGCUCCCCCGGCCUAUUCCUCUUCCACAUAUACUGUAUCAAUGUGUAGUUCCACAUAUACUGUAUCAAUGUGUAGUUCCGCAUAUACUGUAUCAAUGUGUAGUUCCGCAUAUACUGUAUCAAUGUGUAG